GGCAGCGCCGCGGCGGAGGCGGCACGACCGUGGAGGAGGAGCGUCCGGCUGUGGCCUGUGCCAUUCAUACUCCCUCAGGACAGUCGUGGGGUGGGGGGGAGUGUUCCGUCAUCUUUCCUUCCACCGCAGGCUCAGCCCCGUUGCUCAUUUCCCCCCACCCCGCAAAGCCCCUGACCUGCUCCGAGCCCGGGCCGGAGGAAAAAUGAUAUUUAUCCAGCAUUCCUGAGUAAUAAGAAUGGGUCCAGAUGUACCUCUGCUGAAUGAUUACAAACAGGAGUUCUUCUUGAAGCGCUUUCCACAGACUGUGCUGGGAGGUCCCAGGUUUAAAUUAGGCUAUUGUGCCCCUCCUUACAUAUAUGUGAAUCAGAUUAUUCUUUUCUUGAUACCAUGGGUUUUGGGAGGAGUAGGAACACUUUUGUACCAAUUAGGCAUUAUGAAAGACUACUAUACCGCGGCACUCUCAGGAGGACUGAUGUUUGUUACUGCACUUAUUCUUCAGAUGACAAAUCUAUAUGCAAAGCAGAAAACAGUGACAGUAGAAAGAAUGCAAAUUCAGAAUACCCUAACAGAUGAAGAUGAGUUUGAAUUUUCCAGCUGUAUAGGUUCAGAGACAGUAAAAUUUAUUAUUCCUGGCAAGAAGUAUAUAAUCAACACCGUAUUUCAUUCCCUUCUGGCAGGGGUAUUGUGUGGGUUGGGAACUUGGUAUUUGCUGCCAAACAGAAUAACCUUGCUUUAUAGCAACAUUGGAGGAACUGUUAUGAUCUUUGUAUUUGGAUGGCUCACUAUAUGUAUAGGAGAGUAUUCAUUAAUCAUAAAUACAGCUACUGAAACAGCUACUUUCCAAGCACUGGACACUUAUGAAAUCACUGCUCUGAUGAGACCUUUCUACAUUUUUGUCUUUAUUGCAGUGGAUCUUGCACACAGGUUUGCUGUCAACGCACCCAUUCUAGAACAGACAAACCAGAUUUUACACAUUGUAUUUCUCUUUCUGCCAUUCUUUUGGGCAAUGGGAAUUCUGCCCCCGCUUGAUGCACUUUUUCUAUGGGGAAUGGAACAACUGUUGGCGUUUGGACUAGGAGGUUCACCUAUGUCAAGUAACACAAAGUUAUUAGUAAUGUUUCUCAUUUCUGCUGGAACAGCAAUAGCAUCGUAUUUCAUUCCCAGCACUCUCGGUGUGAUCCUCUUCAUGACUGGAUUUGGGUUCAUACUGAGUCUUAACCUAAGCGAGAUUGGUUUUGCCUUCAAACACACCAUGGUCAGCCAUUUAGCCUCCAGAAAAUCUAAAAAUAUGCACAGAGGUCUUAGAAUACAAUUUGGGUGGAGGGAAUUUAUUUUUUAUUUGACUGUGUUGACUUUUGCUCUCAUAGAAGCUAGCCUGCUGCAUCAGUUUGCAGGCUUUUCGUCAUUUUCCAAAGGCAGUCCUCAGGCAAUAGCAAGUUACAUUCUGAUCAUAUUACUUAUAAUUAUGUGGAUUCUUAGAGAGAUUCAGAGAGUAUACUUGUUUGGAGUCUUCCGAAACCCCUAUUAUCCAAAGGAUGUCAGGACUGUGACUGUGUUCAUGGAGAAGCAAAGAAGGCUAAUGAAAGUUGGUGUUGUCAGGAGGAUUUUGCUAACACUAGUGUCUCCCUUUGCUAUGAUAGCAUUUCUGGCACUAGACCGGUCGCUACAGAAUCUUCAUUCUGUGUCUGUUUGCCUUGGAUUCACAAGAAUAUUUAGGAUGGUCUGGCAGAAUACAGAAAAUGCCCUAAUGGACAUAGUGGUUGUGUCAGUAGCACAAAUGUUCGUGUUUAAUCCAGACCUCUGGUGGAACAGGAACCUUGAUACAGGAAUCAGACUCUUGCUGGUUGGCAUCCUACGGGAUCGACUGCUCCAGUUUGUCUCAAAGCUGCAGUUUGCCAUUGCUAUUCUUUUGACAUCAUGGACGGAGAAAAAACAACGCCGUAAAUCCACUGCCACCUUAAUCACACUCAAUGUCGUUUUCUUCCCAAUCCUGCUGACCUUCAUUGCCAUCUCUGCACUCCUUUCUUCUCCCCUGCUGCCGCUGUUCACAUUACCAGUGUUUUUGAUCGGAUUUCCCAGGCCUGUCCGAAGCUGGCCGGGACCUGUGGGCACUACAGCAUGUGUUUGCUCCGAUACCGUGUACUACCAGCAGAUGGUUCCGAGUCUGGCAGUUGCUCUGCAGUCUGCACUAGCAGCCGGGAGCCUAGGUCUCUCUCUACCUGGAUCACAUUACUUGUGCCGCUUUCAGGACAGACUGAUGUGGAUAUUGGUGCUAGAAAAAGGCUUCACUUACUGUGGGGUUAACAUUAAGGGGUUAGAAUUGCAGGAAACAUCCUGUCAUGCAGCUGAAGCUCACAGAGUCGAUGAAAUUUUUGAAAUGGCCUUUGAACAUCAGGAGCACACAAAGAUUCUCUCUCCUAAUCACCAUUUUGGACACAUUUUAACUCCUUGUACUGUUCUACCCGUGCGGCUGUAUUCUGAUGCCAGAAAUGUGCUAUCUGGAAUAAUUGACUCUCAUGAGAAUUUAAAGCAUCUGAAAGAUGAUUUCAUUAAGGUGCUUGUAUGGAUGCUUGUUCAGUAUUGUUAUAAAAAAUCAAAAACAUGGGAAAGCCCAGGCAGUGCCAACAAGAGCAAAAAAGGAUCAUUUUCAGAAAACCAGCGUAAAGGUGCAGUAGAAAGAUCCAGUGCUCCGAAGGAAGAAGAUAGCUUUAGUGUUGAUACAAUUGAGGACUGGACUGAUGAUAGUGAUAUUUUUGACCUUGAACCCAGUGGCAGAAUGAAGGACAGAAAAGAGCCUGGGCCAUUGGGAGAUAUACCAAAAGUACAUCUGUCUAUUCCAGGAUCUGUAGAAACACGGGGCCAGGGCAUCCCACAGGAAAUGUCACCAGAAGACAAACUAUACAGGGCUGUUGUGCUCGGGCUUCCUGCUGUAGACAAAGGGAAACAGCAAGAAGUUUUACCUCGGGUUGAAUUUAGUUGCUCUUACUCAGAGCUAUUGAGCAUCCCCGAAGAAUGGAGAACAGCCCCGGUUCCACCUUCCAAAGUAAAUGAAAUGAGGCAGAGGUUUCCAGAAGAAUGGUACCACUUCAUUUUGAGUCAGCUGGACUUCUUUCAUCUGAAAGAAAAGCCUUACAAUUUACCUGAAGCCCUUAUGAAAGAUAAAGCUUUGAAAGACUUAUACAUUCAUGGAGUAUUGUCGUGUUGUUUUGGUCUGUUUGGACUGGAUAACACCGUGCCUGCCCCAAGCCAUGUGUUCAGAGCAUACACUGGUGGUAUUCCAUGGUCUGUUGGUUUGGACUGGCUAACCAGCAAACCAGAGCUCUUCCAACUUGCAUUAAAAGCAUUCAGAUAUACCUUUAAGCUGAUGGUUGACAAAGCAAGCCUGGGUCCAAUUGAGAACUUCAAAGAGCUGGUUAACUAUCUGGAAGAAUAUGAGAACGAUUGGUACAUUGGACUGGUAUCAGAUCUGGAGUGGCAGCAAGCAGUUCUUCAGGAAAAGCCAUACCUUUUUUCACUGGGGCAUGACCCAAACAUGGGAAUUUACACUGGGCGAGUUCUCACGCUUCAGGAGCUGCUAGUACAAGUGGGAAAACUUAAUGACGAAGCUGUCCGAGGUCAGUGGGCAAAUCUGUCCUGGGAGCUGCUGUAUGCUACAAAUGAUGAUGAAGAACGCUACAGCAUCCAAGCACACCCUGUCCUGCUUCGAAACCUGACUGUGCAAGCUGCAGACCCACCUCUUGGCUACCCCGUGUAUUCCUCUGAACUCCUGCAUCUGCCUUUGUUCUAGAAUGUCAGUAGCACUUUCUUUUUUAAUUGUUAUUUUGUAUUUGCCAUCUGCAUGUUGGGAAUCCAGUGUUUGUGUAACAUUUAUACACUGCUCUCGCAGUGGCGCUGGGUGGCAGUGCCAAGCCAGUGUACAUGAUUUGCACAGAAGUGGUGCUAGCCAGGACCUUUGGCAGGCAGGGAAUUUUUAAUACUUUUCUGGCUGCUGGAACAUGUGAGACACCAUGUGUGGCUGAUGAGCCAGGAGAUGCUGAAAUUCUCUUCUCCAGUUUAGAGAAGAGCAGCAUAAUCCUGAUCAUUAACUAUUUUUUAGUGCAUUCUGGUGUAUUUUUAUUUCUUCUUCUCAAGACAGGUGACUUGCACUGACAGGUUACAGCUCAUUGUAGUACCAUCAACCACAGAGUUGGUAACCAAGGUGUACAUACAACUAUUUAUAUGAUUUUUUUUUAUUCUUGCCAUUUUGUACUGAGUUUAGUUUUAGCGUUUGUUAUAAUAUAUGACUUCAGCUGAUCUUCCUUGGCUGCAGUAAGUUAUCUCUGUGCUUUAACAAAGUGAGUUGUGAAGGACGAUUUGUACCAAAGUACUUGUUCUGGGGGCAAAGAGAAUUUGUAUAUUAAUGUGUCGGAAUGCACACUGUGUUAACCUGUGUGACCUACUGAUGAAGUAAACGUAUAAUUAGGGGAGGGAAGGAAUUUAAGGCCAAAUGCAUUAACUUUAUUUCUUCUUCCAAUAUCCAUAUAUUUUAUAUAUAUAUGUGUGGUGUGUGGGUGGGUGUAUAUGUUGUUUGCAGCCUACUCCACAGCACUAACCAGUCUUCCACAAACACUGCAAGAAUUUGAUAACGGGAGGCAGGAUGGAAAUGCAGCUGUCCGUGCCAGAAGUAAUUUAGUUUUUUUAACCUUGCCACAGGUUAAAACAUCAUUUGGUAGUUGGUUUGUAACAUUACAGGGCUCCUUGAAAACAGGUCUGGGUCAUCUCUCCAGUGGCUCAUUUACCCUGUUUGUUACCACCAGUCAUUAGCAGGUAAGUGUUUUCUCUGUAGAUUGGUAGUUACAGUGUAGUUACUGCUGCUUGUGCUGCCUGGGAUGUAGGUCGUUGUCUGUCUUUAACCUGUAGAAUCAAUAUAAAUCAGAUCUGCUCCAUAACUGAACUAGUACUGGUUUAGAACACCCAGUGUUGUAUUAUCUGGAGCAUGUUUAUGACUCCUCACCUUUAAGACGUUUUUGUAUCAGGUAACAUUUGUCACAGAACUGUGUACUCAGCUGUUUGCUGCUCUUUAGAUCAGUAACCAUAGAUGAUUUUUUCAAAACAUGCAGAUGGUGCAGUGGACUUCAGAGGUGGUAAAGAAACCCCUGUCAAACUCCAUGGUAUAGCACUCUGAGGUACAGGAUGAAAUCCACACCAAACAUUAGUGUAAGCAGCUUUUAGAAUGUGAUUGUCUGGCAUACAGGAGUGUAAAUAAGAAAGCACUGGUAACCAAAAAUCACCUUGCUUGGCCAUGAGCUCUAUCUAGAAAUAGAGACUCAUGGAAGCCGAUCUGGAAGGGCUUUUCGAAAGCUCCCAUUUCAGCUCCUGCUCAAAAGGAGCUACUUGUGGGAAAUGUAUAACAAGAUUUAGAACUUCCAAUACCAGGAGUAUCAUGAACUCAUCAAGUAGUUCACUCCACUUCUUUGCUGCUGUUCUUGCAGCAGUUGUUUUUUCCUAAAUCUAAUUGAACCUCCCUGCCUCUGUGUAAGCCUCUUACUUGUCUUCUGUACGGUCACAGAAAAUUUUAUUACCUUUUUUUCUUUGCAGCAGCAGUCUUUCAUUUGAAGGUAGCUGUAUUUCAACCCUCAUUCUUUCUCUUCU